UUCCCCCGUCACCGCCCCUCCCGCGCCUGCGAACCCAAACGCUCCGGCCCCGCUGCGCUAGCCGCGCGUGACGCGCCGCCGCCGAGCCCAUCGCGCCUGUGCCUGCGAGGCCCCCGCCGCCGCGGCCAAGCGAUGCUGCUGCUGGCUGCCGCCUUCCUCGUGGCCUUCGUGCUGCUUCUCUACAUGGUUUCUCCGCUCAUCAGCCCCAAGCCCCUCGCCCUGCCCGGAGCGCAUGUAGUGGUGACAGGAGGUUCCAGUGGCAUUGGGAAGUGCGUUGCCAUCGAGUGCUAUAAACAAGGAGCAUUUAUUACUUUGGUUGCACGAAAUGAGGACAAGCUGCUACAGGCAAAGAAGGAAAUUGGAAAGCACUCUAUUAACGACAAACAGGUGGUGCUUUGUAUAUCAGUUGAUGUAUCUCAAGACUAUAACCAAGUAGAGAAUGUCAUAAAACAAGCACAGGAGAAACUGGGUCCAGUGGACAUGCUUGUGAACUGUGCGGGAAUGGCAGUGUCAGGAAAAUUUGAAGAUCUUGAUGUUAGUAGUUUUGAAAGAUUAAUGAGCAUCAAUUACCUGGGCAGCGUGUACCCAAGCCGAGCAGUGAUCACCACCAUGAAGGAGCGCCGGGUGGGCAGGAUUGUGUUUGUGUCCUCCCAGGCGGGACAGUUGGGACUCUACGGCUUCACGGCCUACUCUCCAUCCAAGUUUGCCAUAAGGGGAUUGGCUGAAGCUUUGCAGAUGGAGGUGAAGCCGUACAACAUCUAUGUCACAGUCGCCUACCCACCAGACACAGACACCCCUGGGUUUGCUGAAGAAAACAAAACAAAGCCUUUGGAGACUCGACUUAUUUCAGAGACCACAUCUGUUUGCAAACCUGAACAGGUGGCCAAACAAAUUGUUAAAGACGCCAUACAAGGGAAUUUUAAUAGUUCCUUUGGCUCAGAUGGGUACAUGCUCUCGGCCCUGACCUGUGGGAUGGCUCCAGUGACGUCUAUUACUGAAGGGCUUCAGCAGGUGGUCACCAUGGGCCUUUUCCGCACCAUUGCUUUGUUUUACCUUGGAAGCUUCGAUAGCAUAGUUCGUCGCUGCAUGAUGCAGAGAGAAAAAUCGGAAAUCACAGAUAAAACUGCCUAAUUCCAACCCCUUGGGAGAAGAACUUUUUCCAAAUAAUUUGAACCGCUUGCUGCUAAAUGGGACACAAUACUUGGCCUAUAGACACUUAAUGUGUUGUUUUUGAAUACAUGAAAUUGGACUGGUGCUCUUCAGAAAUCUGGUUGCAAGCAAGGAGGUAGAAGUUCAACUCCAGACAAUAUUGUUAAUACUAUGCAAAUAUGGAAUAAGAGACCAUUUGACUUCUGGGCUCUGAGGUGGAGAGGUAAUGGUAUGAGAACUAAUAGCUUGUGAACAAGGUAAAGAACAGAAUUCCA